CCCUUCGCGACUGAUCGUCCUGACAGCGCAGCUCAAAUUUCUCUUCAGGUCGACUUCAUCUCAUUGUCUUCUUUACUGAGGACGUGUUGCAAACAUGUAUUCCAAGAUUGCAAGCACGGCACUGCUUGCCUCGGCCGCAUAUGCUGCUCCAGCAGAGCGACAGGCGUCAAAAUUCACAUUCUAUCCUUUGAAGACACCUCUGGCAUCUCCGUGCGACAUCACCACUGGCAAUGAUGGCUUUAUCUAUGCGGAUACCUUCACGUCGAACAAGAUCGUCCAGAUCAACCCAAACACCGGCGACCUCAGGGAGUUUGAUAUCCCAUAUAAGCUUCCCGUUCUAGGGAACUCAGUACUGCCAUCGGACCUCCAAGGUCGCGUUGCACUGUCUUGCGUCGUGCAGCCAGGAAAGAAUGGAAAGAUAUAUGCUGCCACAGGUGUGCGAAACGAGUUUGCCAUCCUCGAUCCAAGCAAUGGCAACGUUACAAUUCUUGAGACUGGCAACCCUCUCGGUAACCUCCAGCCUUUCAACGAUGCAUGGCCGGGCGAGACGGGCAUGUUCUUCUCGCAAACGACAGGAAACGUUAUCAACCUGAUCGAUUACAAGACAAAUGAGAUCAAGACAUGGCAGGUCCCUACACCUUUGGCUGGACCUUUGGGUAUGAUCGUUGCAAAGCGAGAUGGGAACCUGUGGUUCGUUGAGAUGCUUGCGAACAAGAUGGCUCGUUUGGAUGUGAAGACCGGAAAGAUUGAUGAGUGGCCGUUGUUGCCUAGCCUUCUGACACCAUCUGUCAUGCGCGCGGAAACAGAUAAUCGCUAUCUAUGGUUCACUUCCAUCGCCGGUAACGCUAUCGGACGCUUUGAUAUGGAGACGAAACAAUCCAAGGCGUUCCGAAUCCCACAACCCGGCGCUACGCCCAUCGAGAAUACCGUGGACGGCAAAGGCAACAUCUGGUUCUCUACGCUGCUCAGCAACAGCUUGAACUAUGUGACCCCAUCAACAGGCAAGUUCACCGAGAUCAAGCAGCCAGAUAACGAUGUGAGCCUGUUGCCAGGACUUUUGCCAGAUCUUCCUCCAGCUGGUAAUAUUGCCUCGCACUGGAACGCAGCACAGAAUGCGAUUUGGUUCUCAGAGCUGGUGAAUAACAGAAUUGGAAGAUAUCUGAUCUAAGGAGCUCGAGUUUAAAAUACUGUAAAUAUGUGCAUUGUAAUGAGUAGCUCUUUCCAUUUUCGGGACUGCCGCAGUGCACCCGAGUCGACCCCAGUCAGCCCAAGUGAACACUGCAUGACUUCAGAGGUUGUACA